AUGUCGGAGUCCGGUACCACCGCCACCAGUGACAAAGCGCUCCGGCUCCAGGAGCGAGUCCUGGCCGGGGUGCGCUGGGGUCGCCUCCUCGAGCCCCUGGGCUUCAUCAAGGUGCUGGAAUGGCUCUUUGCCAUCUUCGCCUUCGGGGCCUGCGGCUCCUUCAGCGGCGAGACCGGAGCGACGGUGAAGUGUGAAGGUGACACCAAAGAGAUGAGUGCCAUCUCCGUGGAGUUCGGGUACCCCUUCAGGUUAUAUCAGAUCCCCUUCACCAUGCCAGACUGCGAGGGGGAGUCGCAGACCCUGCACCUCGUGGGGGAUUUCUCUGCUCCUGCUGAGUUUUUCGUGACCCUGGGGGUCUUCUCCUUCCUCUACACCAUGGUGGCCCUGGUGCUCUACCUGCGCUUUCAUUCCCUCUACAGCGAGAACAAGAAGCUGCCCUUCGCGGAUUUCUGUGUCACCCUCUGCUUCGCUUUCUUCUGGCUGGUGGCGGCGGCGGCGUGGGGCAAGGGGCUGAGCGACGUCAAGGCAGCCACACGGCCCUCCAGCCUGCUGGCGGCCAUGGCGGUGUGCCACGGCCCCGACGUCACCUGCAACGCGGGCACCACCCCCGCCAUGGGGCUGGCCAACAUCUCCGUGCUCUUUGGCUUCAUCAACUUCCUGCUGUGGGCCGGGAACUGCUGGUUCGUGCUGCAGGAGACCCAGUGGCGGGCACAGGCGGCACCCCAGGACCCCAGCGUUGCCGAGCAGGGUGCCAUCGACAAGCAGUAGCACCCAUGGGUGCCACUCAUCCCCCAGGAGCCCAGCACCGCUGAGCAGGGUGCCAUCAACAAGCAGUGGCACCUCUGGGUGCCAUCUGUCACCCGAGACCUUGGCGAGCAGAGGGCCAUCGACAAGCAGCAGCACCGAUGGGUGCCACCUGUCCCCUGCAACCCCGCUGAGCAGGGUGCCAUUGACGAGCAGUAGCACCCAUGGGUGCCCCUCAUCCCCUACAGUAACACCCAUGGGUGCCCCAUCCCCUCAAUCAGCACCCAUGGGUGCCCCCCUCCCCUGAAUAAGCACCCAUGGGUGCCCCUUAUCCCCUGCAGUAGCACCCAUGGGUGCCACUUACCCCCUACAGUAACACCCACGGGUGCCCCCAUCCCCAGUAGUAGCACCCAUGGGUGCCCCCAUCCCCUCAAUCAGCACCCAUGGGUGCCCCCUAUCCCCUGCAGUAGCACCCAUGGGUGCCACCUGUCCCCCAGGACCUCGCGCCGGCCGCCAGCAGGGGGCAGGGUGCGGCUGGCCCCAGGGGCUGUGGGUGCUAUAGGGGGGGACAUGGCACCCCAUAACUGGGCUGUCUAUAGGGGUCUGUGUACCCCAGGGUACCCCACGCUGUAUAGUGGGGGGGGCUCUGUGUGGGGCAUAUAAAGU